UUGGUUUCAGAUAUGGUGAGUCAACGUAAAAAGAAGCUGAAUAAAUCUGAUUUCAACAAGCCCAAGUUGAAAGUUGGUAAAACUCUUCCUAAAAACCUCAACGUUACCAAGAUUGAUCUGCAGACAAAGAAAUUGAUAAUCAAAUCGCAGCUUAAAUCAGGAAUAAAUGAGCAUUCAUCUGUCGAUAAGAAGAAACGUACAAUCCCUGAAUUGCUAGUUAAAGUUUGUCAUAUGAACGAAAAUAUGCGUGCAGACGCGGUGACAUCUUUGGAUGAAAUUCUUUUUCCUCUCGAAGCUGUGAAUAAAUCAGAUCUCAUGGCGAAUCUAAGUGCGAUUGUACGAAAACUUUGUGUCGUUUUGUGUGACGCCAGCCUGCAAGUGCGAAAACUGGCUUGUUCGCUGUUCGGAAAAAUCUGCGAUUCGGUUUCCGAGCGUGAUUUCGAAGGACUGUUUGAUGUUUUCCUGGCGCAUCUGUGCAAUGCAUUGACACACGUCGACGAGGCGAUACAAAAAAGUGCAUUGUUGCUUCUCUACCGAGUGUUUGAAAAUUACGGCCAGCUUGCUGUCAAACAAGGGAGACGAGUCCUGCCUGUACUUGUGCAUAUUCUAGCUCCUCUGCCGGUAUCCACAAUCGCCAAAAGAUUUCACUCUUUCACCGGAUCCAAAUCACUUAAACCAGGCGAGUAUGCUUCAUCCUGUAACAUUGACGAUAUGGCGAAGCAGACAGAAGUUAUGAAAAGAGUGCACCAGUAUCUAAGUCGAAUGUGCGUCGAGCAGAAUGAAACACAAAACGGAUUUGCCGAAAAGACCAUAGAACCAAAAUUGAAUCAAGAGUGUGGGUUCCACGUGCAGUAUUUCAACACGCCAUCUAUCAACCUGCACUCGCUGUUCACGUCGCAACACGAGUCGCCUGAUGACGAAGGAAUGGACGAAAUCUCGACAUCAAUGAUCACCUUGACCAAUGUUCUUUUCCAAAUUUGGAUAUCAGUUAGUCAAAAUUUAUCAGAGAAUGUCUCAAAUCCAACCAGCUACGACCAAUGUCUGCAAAGUCUAUACUAUGCUCUUGAGGUGCUAAAAGAUAUCAUCAUUCUACAUGAAAAGCCGUUUCUGGGUAUAAAAUACAAUUUAGAUUGGACGCUCCUGGCAUCAAACUUCUCACGGUAUGUUCUGCAGUCUUUCCCGUACCGAGUUUCUUUAAGAGGUCAACCGAUGCUCUACGGAAAGCAGUUGAAUCAUUGUGUAAUGGAGGUGAGCUUACUUCCAAUAUUCAGCAGCCGGUCAGAUAUUUUGAAACUGUCAGAAUCUUUACUUGAGUACCUGGGAAGUUACGUGCAAAAUGCGACUUUGAGUUCAAACAACAAAAACUUAGUUCAGUUGUUAAAUUUAGCAGAUGGAUUUAUUAUACAUUGCGGCAAAGGGAAAACGUCUCGAUUUCUUUUAAAAUUUGUUUCUAUAUUGGAAAAUUGUAGCUCUCUGAAGACUGAACAAAUCAUUCGGUUGGCGCGAUUUGUUUUUGAUCAUUUGCAAGAUGCCAAUGAAAAGCUGAAGACAAGUUUUUAUACCGUAUUGAAUGAUUUUUGCAGAAAUGAGACGGCGAAUUAUAAAACUUUGAUUAAAGUUUUCGCGGAGAUGGUUGAACGGAACCCCAAUACUGCGGCAGCAAAAACUGUAAGCGGGUUUCUGUUCAUUAUGCUUUCUAGAAUCGAAGAAAUUCACGCUGAUCUAGAUACUUUCUGCCAAUUCUCACGAUGUAUAAGUUUUUAUGGAAUCGCUUGUGAUGAUCAUCGAAGCGAGUUCAAUCUGCAGUUAGUCGAUUGGUUUUUAAAGAUAACUCACGACAAGCGAUGCGAAAUAAUUAUGAACUUGAAAAAUACGACUAGCUGUGAGCGAUCGGCCCAAUUAUGGUAUCUCAAGUUUCUUCUAACAUCGAUGCUUAAACUCCAUGGAUAUGAAAACGAAUGUACCGAUGAAUCAGAUAUUGAAAACGACUCAACGAGUUCUAGGCAGCUUAUUGUAUAUAUAAAAACAUUAACGAAGUCUUUAUGCGAACAACUUGAAAUGACUAAGAUUGAAUUUGAGACUUUUUCUAGUGGUCUCAAAGAAAUUUAUUAUGAUUUGAAUAAUGAUUUUGAUGACUCUAAAUUUCAAAGGUUUAUUUCUAUGUCUGGCUUGGAAUAA